GAAAAAAGCGAGCCUCCUCCGGGAGCUGGAUGAAGUGACGGCGCGGAAAGUAACAUGGGAAAGGCAACAAAACGAAGCGGUGAAGAAUAAGGCCAAUUUAGUGAGCAAAUGUUCGCGGGUACAGGACGACAACGAAAGCAUGCAGUGUGGGAGAUGGAAACCGUCCAGUUGCAGACCAAGAUUGACACUUUUGAAGACAUGGAGGAUAUCAAGCUCGCUUCCCGCCUACAUAAAAGUGACGAACACCAAGAGAAGGUGUCUAAAUUUGCUCUCCAAGAACACGCACAGCUGCAAGAGUCAGCCUACGAGCCCGAACUCGAGGCAGCGCGGAGCCUGAAGGCUCAGAAAUUGGAGGAGUUAUUCGCACUUGAACACAAAUACGAGGAACUGGACCGGAUGGACGCUGAGGUAAACGACCGGUUCGAGAAGCUGAGCCAACUAAAGGUAAAGAUAGCCGCUGCGAAGGAAUGGAGCCAGCGAGGAUCUCAGAGACGCGUGUGCCACAGUGUUCGAGAACAACAUGAAACUUCGACAGCAGCUCAACGCCACGCGCUACACCACGCGCAUGCUACGGUUACAACAGCCGUCUAAUGAACGCAAGCCGUUGCUGAAGCUCAAGUGGACACGUAAACACACGCUUAGCCUUAUCGAGAAUUUAUGUGGCGUUUUAAAACAGUUGAAAGACUUCGACUGGAAAAAGAAAAAAUAGAUUUCGAGUUGAUUUGGAAACGGACCUGAUAUUAAGGUUUGUUCUAUCUGUGAAUAACCAGCAUCAUGUUGUACUGGAAUCGACUGGUGAGUAUCAACAUGCUGCUGUACUGGAAGUGAUUGGUAUCCACGGAUAUAUACUGAUCAAGUAAACACUAAAUUGCUAGGAAUAAAAC